AUAUUCAGACAAUAAUGGUGGACACGUAGGGCAAGAUUCAGACACAUGGAGUACCCUCCUUAAUCAAGCAUUAGUUUCGUGAAUCCAAUGUCGGCAACAUCUCUCUCUCUCUCUCUCCCUUUGGCCCAAACCCAUGUCUCCGUACACAUUCCUCCAACCCAUCUCCUCCUUUAAAUGUCCCCUCGCUUCACAAAUCCGCAAACCACCACAAAAAGUUUGAAUCCUUAUACAAUGAAGAGGCAAAGGAAGAAGCAGGGACCCACCACGUCGGCGGCGUCGGCGGCGGAGAAGAAGAUCAAGACGGAGGCGGAGGCUGGGAUGAAGACGCCGGAGAAUUCAUCGGCGGCGGCUGUUGCGGCGGCAGCGGCGGCGGUUGCGGAGGAGGAGGAGAUGGGGUUGUUGGGAUUGGGAUUGAAAGGUGGUGACGUGGACGAGCAGAUGUCGUGGGGAACGGUCUGGAUGCCGUUUUGGGACGUGGAGUUUGUCGGAAGGAAUUACGGGGUUUUGUUCAAUGACGUCUUAUGGGACGACGAUAUUUGGAAUUUGAGGACCGUCACCGAAAUACCGCAGCAUGUUAAUAAAUAGGGUUUAAUUAAAUUAAUUACAUUAAUAGUUUUGUUUUUCUUCUCUCGGUCCCAUUUUGUUGGAGGAGAUCGUCAGAUUAUCAGUUCAGUCUGACAGAUUUCUUGUCCCAAAAAAAAAAAUCGGUCUUUAACUUGUUAUUGCAACCUCAAUUAUGUUUUUUCCCCUUAUGCUUAUCUUAUCUUCGUGCUCCGAAUCUGAAAUUCUCUUACAAUUCGUCGUCAUUUUCCGCAAUUCAAACUGUUAUCUAAUCUCUUAUUUCAUAGUUUUACGUCUUGGGUUGCAUUUUGAAAUUUAGAUGGACCGUUUAUAAGAAAAAACAGAGGAACAGAACAAAGCACAAAAAAAAUAUGGAAAAAAAUAUAUAUUCAAAACGGAAGUUUUUCAUUGGAUGGAAAUUACGACGGAUGAAAAACUGAAACAUUGCAAAGAAAGUGAAUUAAAAAAAAAA